GUAAUGUUUUAACGUCAAACCAGAUGUUUCACUUGAAGAUACAGCUGGAUACUUUCGACUAAAAUCCACGACCGUCAAAAACUGCAACAACAAACCUGAUGGCUUUUGAAACAUGCUGCGCGGAGAUAAACGCACAUCGUGUGGAACUUGUGGAAAAAUGGAGCAAACACUUGAACCCCAUCCUGGACCUUCUCUUUCAAGUUGGAGCUGUUACAGAAGAGGAUCUUAGUUAUAUUAAAGGUGGUGGGCAUUUAGGUGAAAGACACUGUAUGAGGACACUGCUGGAUGUACUUAAUGGCCGAGGAGAAGAGGCAUGCCGAGCUUUUCUGUACAUCCUACCCAAUGUUCUAAACACAACUGGAUCUACAAAACUGAUCUUACAGAACCCUUCAAGGGAGCAUCUCCAGCAACACAAGGACAUCAUAGCUAGACAGCACGCUUUCUUAAAUUAUAUAGGCAACGCAGGACGAACUUCUGGGUUUGCCCAAGGAACAAGGUUCACUGACAUCACAUUUUUAAGGCAAAUAGGAUGCAAAUUGCCACUUAAAUUCCAGCAUGAGUCAUCAAUUGUCGGAGAACCCUUUAGAGCAGGGAGAGUUGAAACAAGAGGUCAGGGAGAGACUUGUUCUUUUAAAGAUGUCUAUCAGAGCAUGGUUUCUGUCUCUAUGAAUGGUGUUGUUCUUUUAUCUGGGGUUGCUGGUAGUGGCAAAACCACAGUGGUUAAACGUUUAGUCCAGGAAUGGGCUCUAGAUGAGACAGCACAAAAAAUUAUUUUGUCUUUGUCUUUUCGUGAACUCAACCUAAUAACUGAGGCCCAGAGUCUACAAAGCCUGGUGUCUGAUCAUUACAGUCAUUUGAAACCUAUUCUGCCAGAAUUAUUGACUUCUAACCAAGAACAGGUUCUUCUAAUUCUGGAUGGGCUUGAUGAGUUCUGUCACCCUUUGGACUUUGGGCGUACACCUAAAUGUUCAGACCCUGAGCGAGAGCUUAUGGUUGACGCUCUGGUGGUAAAUCUGAUAAAGAGGAACCUCUUGCCUGGUAUUGCUGUUUUCCUGACUUCUCGGCCGCAUGCUGUGGCUAAAGUACCACAUCUGCUAGUCAACCAGUUCUACAGUGUCUCAGGGUUUUCACCUUCUCAACAGCAACAGUACUUUGAGCAAAGUUGUAGCUCCAAGCAAGCUGCUGAUGUUGUGUGGAGCUUUGUGUCAUCACACAGACCCCUUCAACUAAUGUGUCACAUCCCUGCCUUUUGCUGGAUUGUCUCUACUGCCUUGCAAAAUGACACUUCCCACCUCUUUUUUAAAACUGCAUCUCUAGAUGCUGAGUCACAGAAAAGUCCAAAUGGCUUCACUGAAGAAGUGAAAGCAGAUCAACAAAUUUCAACAAGAAACAAUGCAGUGAUAACCAACAGAUCUGCUGUUUGCUCCAAGCCUGUCACAAUUACUGAGAUUUACUGCUGCUUUCUUAAAUCAUUAGUUCUCUUUCAUGUAGGUGGGUGUGUGGAGGGCAUGCAUCUCAACAGGCUUCAGGAUGCACCUCGUGUCUUAAAGGAGACCAAAGCCCACCUUAGAUGUCUUGGAGCUUUGGCCUUCAAAGGCCUGCUGGAACGACGAUUUGUCUUUGACUCCUCUGACCUCGCCUCGUUUUCUUUGGACUGCAAUGAGCUUGUGCGGGCCUUCCUAGUGGAAAUCUUUAAAGAGGACAGAGCUUCUCUGACAUAUGAGAAGAAUUUUCACUUUAUCCAUACCAGUGUGCAAGAGUUCUUAGCAGCACUGUAUUAUGUUCUAGAGUCAUUCUUAGGUUUAGACCCGUUCCUGCAGCUUAAUCCAAGUGUGGGCCUGCUUCCUCCAGCUGUGCUCAAGCACUUGAGAUUUGUUGCCAGUAAGUUGCAGGGACGAAAACGAAUGUUGCGCAGACAUAUUAAAAAGGCUUUCCAUUGGGGAGAACAGCAACAGUCUGGACACCUGGAUCUUUUUUGCAGGUUUGUGUCUGGCUUAUUAGUCCCCAAGACCCGUGUAAUCUUAAACAGCCUUUUUCAUGAUGAGCCAAGGUCUCAUUUGGCCUUGUGCAUGCCCCUGCCUGCCGUGACUGCUUCAUUCCUCUUGCAGCUUCUUCGCUCACAGCUCAAAAGUUCCAGCCUUAGUCCUGAGAGGCAGCUAAACGUGUGCCACUGCCUUUAUGAGGCGCAGGACCCGGGGCUGCCGCAGCGGUUGCAGGCCUGGCUAAAGAUCCUUUCCCUGAAGGACUCAGAUCAAUGUGUCUUAGCGAACAAAGACUGGAAUGAACUAGCUUUCCUUCUACAAUUGAGUCCAGACCUGCAGGAACUUAAAUUGGAUGCACAAGGGCUUGAUGCACAAGGACUUCGCAGACUUCUCCCUGUUCUUCCCCUUUUCUCCACCCUAAGUCUUGCACUGAAUCCUCUUGGUCCAGAGGGAGCUGAAGUGUUAUCUCAUGCUUUGCGUAGCCCAGACUGUCAAAUUAAGAAACUGUGGGUUGUAUCGACAGGUCUGGGUUGUGAAGGAGUCAGAAUCCUGUCUGAAGGACUUAAAGACAACCACACAGUGUUUGACCUCAGAAUGGCAAUCAAUCAGAUUGGUGAUAGUGGAGCUGCCUGUCUUGCUGAAUUGUUGAAGACUAAUUGUACUCUUAAAGAUAUCAGGCUUCGAGACAAUUUUGUGACAGACAGAGGAGCAGAACUUUUAAUGGCAGCCCUGAUGGAGAACACCACUUUAGAGUUCCUCUGGUUAUUUGACAACAAAUUAUCUAAACAGUGUGUUCAGCAGCUGAAAGACUUUUCGAAAAGAAGACCCAACCUUGACAUUAAAGUCUGUUACUGACCCAACAAUUAGCAAGUAAAUAGAAUAGUAGGUAUUAAUACAUUAUUACAGGCUAUGGUCAAAAGGCCUGUAACCCUGAAAUACACUAAAUUAACAUUUUUUUAAGGGCACCUCUCUCUUCUGGAAAUUCUUAAACUCUGAUGAACCAGAGCUGAACUGUUUCCUAUCCCAGCAUAUGCUGGUCAAUGAUCAUUAGAGUUUACAGAUAAGGUGCCGCUAAGAAUAAUAUGUCUUUAAAGGAUUUUGAAACAGCAUGGGAGUCAGAUGGAAAGUCAGAAAGGUAUCUGCUGAAUACUGUGAUAACUAAACUGCUAUGUAAAAUGGCUAGUGGAGGCCACCUUUUUUCAUGUCCAAAUAGGGAAAAUGCUUGAUAGUAGAAUACAAUAACUGCACUUUUUGGGUGCCAAUGCAGGAAAGCACUGUGAAGCUCAUCUUUCUUGAGUUUUUAAAGUUUGUGGCUUGAAAUGUAUGUACAAAGUACAGAGUAUUCUUUAUGACACUAGUGUCCGAUCUCUACGGACUAUCCAGCAUUUCAGACCAGUAUUAGCCUUGGCAGUAUAGAAGUAUGCAUGUAAAAUAAUUUAACAAAAGAAAAUGAUGAGAAGCUGAAAAGAUAAUUUUAUUCUAUUAUUCCACGACCAGUGACCCACAAAGGACUAACUAACAGGUUGUUGGGUGGCCAAGACGUUGAAGCCAGACAACAACAAAUGCUAUCACAUCUGGUAUGGACCAACAGAACAGUUACUGCGGCUCAAUUUCCAAAUAGAACUGGUCUUGUGGAGACCCUCCUGAGAAUUGUCCUGUGUGUCACCAGGUCUGUCACAGUGUCCAUGCUAAUCCUUGUCUAUCAUUGAAAGCACUUACAAUAGGCACGAAAGCCUCAAAACUGGACAUUCCAGCAAUUAAAUAAAUAUAACAAUCAGGCUGUCUCUUCAGCUUCAGCAUUAAUACAGCAGAGUAGCUGUGCUGUUGGUUUCAGGCAUACAUUUGUAGGUCAAAGUUCAACAAAUUGUGACUAUGCUUGACAUUUUUACUUUUUUUAGACUGGAGGUUGCAGUUACAAAAUAAUUCCUGGUUUGCUUGUUUGAGGUGGUGUUAUGUUCGUAGACUGGAAGAAAACAUUCAUGAUAUUACUAAACAAUAAAACAGAAAGGAAUGUCUAUUUUAAGGAACAGAAUUAUCAAAAAAGUUCAAAUCAUGUCAUAACAUUUUAAACAUAUUUAUUCUGUUAUUGACUAAAAAGAACCGCAAGUCGUAGCCUAGCGGUUAAGGUACUGGACUAGCAAUCAAAAGGUUGCUGGAUCAAGCCCCACCACUGCCAGGUUGCUGCUGUUAGGCCCUUGAGCAAGGCCCUUAACCCUCAAUUGCUCAGACUGUAUACUGUAAUUGUAAUGUAAGUCGCUUUGGAUAUAAAAAUUUUCUGUGAAAAUAAAAUGUUUACACUCAUCUUUUGCAGCUCCCUACUUGGUGUAUAUAGUAACGUGACUAUAAAAUAUGUGACCUCCCUACAAUUUCAGAAGCACAUAGUUCUAUAGAAUGUCUUUGUAUGCUAUAGAAACAAUCAUUUCCUUUAUUAAAAAUUUAUUAAAAUG